UUGUUCACAGAAAAUGGUAUAUCGGACAUAGCAGUGUUGCAGAAUCGCAAAAAAAAACCCGUCCGUUUGCAUCGUUCUGUGGUGUUUCAAUAUACAGUCUGGUUAUAGUUGUCAUACCUAAUCUGCUGUUAUCUGUUGUGUGAGCUUACGUUAGCUGCAACGAGAAGAACAGGCACCGAAACGUUUUUCGUGGGAAUACCCAGUCCGCCACAAUUACGCUGCAGUGUGUUGUUUCAAAAUCAUCCAGCCCAUGAAUAGAAAUAUGACUAUUCCGUCGAGACCAGCACCUCCUCCACCGCAGCGAAGCGCAGCCCCUCCAUCGCGGUACGCUCCGAUUACGGAUUGGGAUUUUUGCGCAUUCGAUUCCGGUGCUGGCAACGAAGCAUCAUCAAAUCGAACGUUAACCAGAGCUAACCAGCAGCAACAAGCGCAGCAUCACAAUGUUAAGGCGAAAAAGCCGCCGCCCCCGCGACCUCCGCCACCCAAAUUGUCGGUAGCCCCCGCUGCCCCACUAAAGAAACCCGGUCAGCCUCAAUCGAUCAACAUCCUAUCCAGUCUCUUUGGCCAGAAACGGUCCUCCAAUGGGGCGGCUGCAAACGUCGGCAAAUCAGGUGGCGGCAGUGCGCUUUCGCUGACGAAAUCGGGUUCAAGUGCUCCACCGGUAAAAUUACUGCCACCUCCGGCAUCGGUUGGCUCAGCGAAGGGUAUGUCCAAACAGCACCAUCAUUUAAGCCAAUGGACUCCACCAACACAUAACAGCAGCAGCACCAUCGGAGGCGGCCAUGGGCAACAAACUUCGAGUACCACGACAGUAGCCACGGCCGAGCUAAUUAGUUUCGAUUCUCCACCGAGCUCUCCUACUUUUACGCAAAAGUCCUGCAGCGAUUGCAUCAGCGUGGAUAGUUUUAGUUCUGAUUCAAACUAUUCAUCGCCCCACAAUGGAAAUAUGUCUCAGGCAGAGAGCGGCUUUGAGGAUGAUUUCGUGAGCAGCAAUCGAGUAGGUUCGUGCAUACCGUGGGUCGAACCUUCGUUCGAUCCAUUCGAUGUCGGUUCGACGUCCAACUCCCGGCGGGCUCCUUCGGCACCGCCACCGGGCAUUUAUGCUUCGGUGCCACUUUCUUCGUCAUCGACAGCCCAGAUUCGUACACCGCUGGUAAAUAGCAAGCUACAGAAAUCGGAUUUCAUCGAUCCGUUGUGUAACGGGCGCAGCGUCCUUUCGAAAGUACCAACCGUUUCGAUGCCAACUAUCAUUAAGCCACCCGGCAGUGCUUCGGGAAGCCAAAAGUCCACUCCGUCCCAUUCCGUUUCCACUUUGGCGAGUUCACGUGGCACGCUACAACCGUCCGCUCCGAAACCAAAUGUAGCAGCGGCAAACGGAUCUAUACAGCAUGGUCUAGACGAGGAUCUUAUCACAGGAGGGACAUCCGUGUUUGAUUCGCCACCGUCUCCACCGAUGCCGUGCGUUCCGCCUCCGCCACCUCCUUCAUUUGGCGAGUACAAGGAAGAAGCGUAUGGCAUUGCGUUGUACGACUUUGAGGGUGAAACGAUGGAGGAUCUUAGUUUUAAGACGAACGAGAAAAUUUAUCUUCUGAGCCGAUUAAACGAGGAAUGGUAUAUGGGUCGUGACCGCAGAGGCCUUGAAGGAAUGUUUCCUGUUAACUACGUCGAAGUUAAGGUUCCUCUUUCUACUGAACAGCCACAACAACAGGAUGAAUCAGUGCCAACGGCGAAAGCCGGCACGCAAAAGGUGCGUGCACUGUACCAAUUUACGGCGGAAACAGCGGACGAUCUUACAAUUAUGGAGCAUGACAUGGUGACCGUGCUUUAUCAAAUCACACCGGAGUGGUUGUACGGAGAAAUCAACGGUCGAAGGGGACAAUUUCCCGCCAAUUAUAUCGAAUAUGUGCCUAAAAAUUUACAACAAAUGCCUGUUUGACUCGGUUGGUGCUAAAGUGAGCCGUCUGAGUAGGCUUAACUCAUCGUACUACUAAACCGUGGCGUCCUGAAGCUGGUUCUUUGACGGAGCACUUUGAUGGCGAGUGGGUUUGUUAGAUAUUUGUAAUUCGAUCGAUGAGGCACUGUGAUUCGCGAGUAAUAUGCAGUUGUAACAAGCAGACAAAGAGCAGGAGAUGUUUUGGUGGCCAUGUAUAGCAGAACGGUGGUUUGUCGUUUUUCCUUAUUUUUUUUUGCUACCCAUCUUGCUAUAAACAAGCUGAUACACUGGUGAUAAUUAGUUUAGCAAACAAACCAUCACUAUGUAUUGUGUAUACAAAAUGCAAUAUGCCCAAUGCAGAUACAAACAUGAAGGUAUUUUGUAUUUUUUUAUUCUUAUAUGUAUGCUAUUGGUAACGACUGUAUGAGCGAAACAGAUAUAGAAUUUAGAGUCAAGUUUGGUCUGCUUUACAGACAUGCGAUGGAUCAGUCACAGGAAAGACUUUACGGAAUGAAACGUGUCCGCACUUGCAAUUACAAAACCGAAGAAAAUACAAUACUGUUGGAGAAUAAUACUGCACUAUGCAUUAAAAAAAUAAACUCGCAUAAAUAAGCUGCUAUAGAUCUGAGCAUAUGCAAUUUAACGACCAACUAACGUGAUCAUCUAACUCAUUCAUCUGGCACAACCUCGCAAAGAAGGCGAUGAUUUCAGAUGUACUUUUAUAUAUUCACAUGAUAAUGCAAAUAAAGCAGACAUUUUCAACACGUA